UCAAUGGAGCUCAUUGUAGCGACAACACGUAGUUGGAGCUAAGGAGCUGAGCAGCGCAGUUAUUGCAAUCACGUUGAGCGCGCUGCUGUCUGUUGCAGUGGCAUCGUCCUGACUGUGUGUGAGAGAGGAAGACAUCAAACGACCGUAGUGUUAAGGCUCCAAUUAUUCAUUGUGCCCAGAAGACCAUUCUGCUGCAGUAGCCGUUUUCUGAGUCCUUGACAACCAACAAUAACUAUCCCCCGUCUGUCUGCUGAAGGAUACACUUGGUCAUUAAACCAACUACACCUGCACUGGGUUGUUGCUUCUGCUGAACCCCAAAAUUCACCCUGUGGAUGGUUGACAACAUUUCCUCUUGAGUCUUUUGCAGUUCAUUUUCACCCCAAAAAUGUGUAUCGUAAUGAUGAGACUGAACUGUUCCCCCAUGUGGAGUGUGGUUAGCCUUUUGACUUUGUUUCUACCACUUUGGGAGAUGGGCUGCUCUGGCCUGAGCUUUAACUCAGUGCCCCUGCCGCCGGUAGGGACAUACCAAAGAAGCUUCGAAGGGGGGGCGCACCACAGGCAGAGGCGCAGUUGGGUGUGGAACCAGUUCUUCGUGCUGGAGGAGUACACAGGGGACGAGCCACUCUACGUGGGCAAGCUGCACUCAGACGUGGACAAGGGUGAAGGGCAGGUGAAGUACGUGCUCAAUGGCCAGGGAGCUACCUCCAUCUUCACCAUUGACGAGAACACUGGUGAUAUCCAUGCCACCAAGCGUCUGGAUCGCGAGGAGCAGCCUUACUACACGCUCCGGGCUCAGGCCAGGCACCGCCACACCAACCUGCCCGUGGAGCCAGAGUCUGAGUUCGUCAUCAAGGUCCAGGAUAUUAAUGACAAUGAGCCCAAGUUCCUGAAUGGGCCCUACUCAGCCAGGGUCCCCGAGAUGUCCCCAGUGGGCACAUCUGUGGUGACGGUGGUGGCAACAGAUGCGGAUGACCCCACAUAUGGAAACAGUGCCAGGGUGAUCUACAGUAUCCUCGAGGGCCAGCCCUACUUCUCCGUGGAACCAAAGACAGGCGUGGUCAAGACAGCUCUGCCCAAUAUGGACCGUGAGGCACGGGACCAGUAUCUGUUGGUGAUCCAGGCCAAGGACAUGGUGGGCCAGAUGGGAGGACUCUCUGGGACCACCUCCGUCAUGGUGACUCUCACUGACGUCAACGACAACCCACCACACUUCUCUCGCAAAAGUUAUCAAUUCAGCAUGUCUGAGUCCCUGCCAGUGGCCUCAGUGGUAGCCAAGAUAAAGACGCUAGACUCGGAUGUGGGGCCCAAUGCUGAGAUGGAGUACAGGAUUGUGGAUGGGGAUGGCCUCGGGUUGUUCCGAAUCACCCCCGACAGAGACACACAGGAAGGCCUCAUCACUCUGCAAAAGGGCCUGGACUUUGAGACCAAGUCGAGCUACACCCUACGUGUCGAGGUGUCCAAUAGAAACAUCGACCUGCGAUUCCUCUCCCUUGGCCCAUUUAGCGACACAGCUACAGUGCGCCUCAUCGUGGAGAACGUGGACGAGCCGCCUGUCUUCUCCUUGCCGCUCAGCAAGAUGUUAAUAUCGGAGGCAGCAAAGGUGGGCACCACCAUCGGGACGGUAUCCGCACAUGACCCCGAUUCCACCAACAGUCCCAUCAGGUACUCAAUAGACCGCAACACCGACUUGGAGCGUUUCUUCAACAUAGACGCCACCACCGGUGUCAUCAGCACCGCCAAGCGCCUGGACAGAGAAGUCAACGCCAUACAUAACAUCACCAUCUUCGCCAUGGAGAGCUUGCACCCAUUACAAGUGGGGAAGUGCAUAAUUCUGAUCACAGUGACGGACAUCAAUGACAAUGCACCCGUCUUCGCCAUCGAGUACGAGACCUACCUUUGUGAGAAUGCCAGACCUGGACAGGUCAUUGAGACCAUCAGCGCAAUGGACAGAGACGAACCUCAGAGUGGACACCGCUUCUUCUUCUCCCUCACUGCAGAGGCUGCUGGGAACCUCAACUUCACCCUGAGAGACAACAAAGACAACACCGCCUCUGUGCUGACCAUGCGAGGGGGUUUCCAGCGUCACCACCAGACUAUGUACCGCCUCCCUGUCCUCAUCAUGGAUGGCGGGAGCCCUGCCCUCAGCAGCACCAACACCCUGUCCAUUCGGGUGUGCGACUGUGACCCCGAUGGAGCUCCCCAGUCAUGUGGAAGUGAAGCCUCCAUGCUCUCAGCAGGCCUCAGCACUGGGGCCCUCAUCGCCAUCCUGGCUUGCAUCCUCACACUUCUAGUGCUUGUCCUGUUGAUUGUCACCAUGCGACGGAGGAAGAAAGAGCCCCUGAUCCUGGACGAGGAGCGCGACGUGCGUGAGAACAUUGUGCGCUACGAUGACGAGGGCGGCGGAGAGGAGGACACAGAGGCCUUCGACAUGGUCGCUCUCCGCAACCUGAAACUGGUCCGUGAGAGCGGUGGCAAGACCCGCCGUGAUGUCACCCCGGAAGUGCCAAGCCUCUUCUUGUCUUCCCGGCCACCGCCAGACAAUGGCAUCUUCCGCGACUUUAUCUGGGACCGGCUGAAGGAGGCCGACGUAGACGCUUCGGCACCACCCUAUGACUCGCUGCAGACAUAUGCCUUCGAGGGUAGUGGCUCGGCCGCAGAUUCCCUCAGCUCGCUGGAUUCCCUGAGCACGGACUCGGAACAGAACUACGACUACCUCAGCGACUGGGGGCCGCGAUUCAAGAAGCUGGCAGACCUCUACGGCCACAGCGAUGACGGUAACCUCUUCGCCUCUUAG